UUAAAUACAUAGGCAUAUUGAAUUUUGUCUAUGAAAAAAGGUUUUUAUGUCCGUAAAAAAUUAAUAAGAUGUUUAAAAAUCUUGUCAAAAUCUACCGAGUGUAGAAGCACGGUAAAAUUUAUAUAUCAAUGCAACAAAUCAAAAUUCAAGAAUGAAGUAUAAUACCCUUUUACGCUUAUUUUGGUUUAACCUCCGUUCACUAAAUAGUAUUCUUUGGUUGCUAUCUUCACAAUAUUUAGUCUUUGGUCUAAAGAACAUAUUAUAAUGUUGAAUAAAAUAUCAAUAACAAAUAGUGUGAUAAAAAAAUUUUUAGGCCUUCCUUGCAUACAUUCAGUUGGUCUUAAAUAUAUUUCACCUCCUAUAAAAUAUGAAAGCAAAGAAAAAGUUGAACGACCAAAAUUGCGUAUUAUGGAAAAAGUUCCACAAUAUCCACCGAAUUUACGAGCUCCUAAAAUGCAAAAGAAGUUAAAUCACAUGCGUGGGCCAGAAAAAGUUCAUAACAAAUUACUUCACCAACAAUAUGGAAUUAUUGCCACAGGUGGCGGUCGCUUGCGUUCUGGUCAUUUCGAAAUGCUGCGCUUAACAAUCGGACGAAAAAUGAAUGUUAACCGCAUGUUUGCAGUUUGGCGUGUUCCAGCACCUUGGCAACCCGUUACUAAAAAAGGCCAGGGGCAAAGAAUGGGUGGUGGUAAAGGCUCUGUCGAUCAUUACGUUACACCUGUGAAAAGUGGUCGCGUGAUAUUAGAAAUAGGAGGUCAGUGUGAAAUGGCCGAAGUCAAACCUUUUCUACAACAGGUAGCAAAUCAGCUACCAUUUAAAGCAAUGGUUGUUUCAUGGGAUAUGAUUGAAAAAUCGCGUGCUGAAACUGCAAGACGUGACUGCACUCAUAUAAAGGAUUUUUCGUUAAAAUAUGUGAUUCAAAAUAAUCUUAAUGGCUGCCAUAAGUGGUUAUCACCAGUCGAUUAUAAAUGGUUCGGAAAAUACGCGUGAGAUCUUCAGAAUUACGUUUAAAAAUUAAUGGUUAACAGCCUUUUGACAUUUAAAUUUCUUAAGAUUGCUUUAUAUCACACUCAGUGCGAUUUCAGUCAUAACUUAAGUCUUAAUGCAUAAGUUACCAAAUUUUAUGACUGAUUAUAGUCUUACAAAAUAUAUAUUUUAUCUUUUCAAAUCCAAAUGCUUUUAAGUUUAAAUAAAAAUAACAGAAAACUUGAAAAUAUAUGUCUAUUUACAUUAGGUGAUAAUAAGUCAUAUUGUUUUAUACACCUUUUCCCCAUUAUUUGUAUAAUAACCAUUUUUUUUGUUGACGCAACAAAUUACAAACUAAUAUUAAAUGUACAGAUACAGUAAACAAAUUUUUUUUAUUGAAUGAUAAAAAUUAUGUAAUAAAUUUGCGCAGAAUUGGGGUUAUAAACCAGUUAAAUUGGCAUCAAAACUACUUUAUUACAAUAUAAACAAAUUUUAUAAAAAUGUAACGGCACAAAU